ACAUGAUGAAAAAUGACAAUGAGUAAGAACUAUGUAAUUUUGGGGAUAGAAUUGUGGUUUUUAAGUUGGUUUACAGUUGCAUAAUCAUUUAAUAAUAGUUUCAUUACGUUUUUUGCAGGAAUUUAUUUUGGAAAAGAUAGAGGACAGAACAGUUUGAGAAAUGGUUAGUUUCCCAAAAUUUAAAUGAAGUUUCUUAAUAGUUUUAUUCUCGUUUCUUUGUAGUUUAUUAACAACAAAAAAAUGGCAAAAUCAGGAAUCAGGACAGGAAAUACAAUGCUUGAACAAAGGGACAGAGAUAGAAGAAAGGAAAGACAUUCCAUUCCUAGUCUUCUACAAUGGACAAUUCGAUGAUCGAAUGAAUUAUGAAAAUUAUGAAGCCAGUGGACAUUACAUUUCAGCCAAUUGUAACUAUGAAGAUUUGCAACGGAAACUCAAAGAUGUCCUGGAGUGCAACCAAGAAAACACUGUUUUGCAACUGAAAUAUCAAGUGAAGGAAGGAUACCAACCAUUGAGGAUAAAGGAUGAUCAAAGCCUGCAUUUCUACAUACAACUCAAACUGAAAGACCCCGACUUCACAACAUACCCAAUGUGUGUGAAUGUCAUCAACAACCCAACAACAACCAUCGAUGCAUCAUUCUUGGGAAAUGACAAUUCAUUAAUUACACAUACAAGCGCCUUCCAACCAAUCGAAUACAAUGCAGCAACAACAGAAGACUCAACAAAUCAACAACAUAUAAUUGAAGCUACAGUACCAGAAUUUGGGGGAGAAAGUUUUGACUUCAUGGACUAUGAAAAACUUGUGGCAGAGGAGAUGGUUGAGCAACUGGAAAACAACAGAAAAAAGGAACCAGAAAUCACAGAUUAUGACAAACUACUAAUCACAGAUCCGCAACAUCUUGAAAUAGAAGAAGCACAAAUAUACAAAGACAAAGAAACACUGCAGAGUGUGCUUGGUUUCUAUGCAAUUAGGAACAACUUCCAAUUCAGAGUUAAAAAAUCAUGUGCAAGAACAUACAAGAUUUGUUGUUUGGAUCCAAAAUGCAAGUGGGCACUAACAGCAACCUUAGCCCAAAACUCUUUAGGAUUGGGCUGGAAAACUUCCCUUAGUAAUAAACUAUGUACGACUUGCAGAUGA